AUCUAAACCCCGUCUAAAUCUCCGUGUCGUUGACACCGAUCUUAAGUAGCAGCACACAGAAAAUGGGCACUCGAGAGGUGUACGAAGAGAAACUAAGGACCGGAAAUCUCCACCACGAUCCCACCAUCAACCCUGGCCUCGGUUCCGCUCGAUGCCCUCGUUGUCUCUCUCUCCUCAACCCUAAUUCCGAAAGAGGCGAGUGGACCAUCACUCCCGUCUUGCACGAUGCCACUGCCGUCGCUGGCUCCGGGAUUGGUGGUAUGCUUGGCUUUGUUCAUGGUUUCAAUACAGAUCCGGACCAACAAUCCCUCCCUCCGCACUCUCCGCUUGCCGGCAACUCCAGCCACCGCCAACAAUGCCCACGACCUCCACACUUUCCAUUCUGUUUCAACCCAAAUUCCAAAUCUUACUCCCAACUCAAAUCUUCACUUUGUCUGAUGCAUGCAAUUCACAUAAAAUGAAACAAAAAUAGAAAAGAAAGAAGAAAAAUGUUAGAUCGGUAGAACCCAACUGGAGAACCCAAACAUUCUCCUUUGAAAACGACAAUGCCAAAGAACAGUAGCUCACGUCAUACAACAAUGUCGUGACCAGAUCUGCAAAUUCCCUGACUAGAUUUGCGGCCAGACGACGGUUGUAGAGGGGAGGUUGUGGUGGUGGCUGGAGUUGCCACCGAUGCGGGUGGGAGAAAAUGCGGAGAGAAACAAACCGCUGUGGUUUGACGGUAGUGUUCCCCGGUUUCGGGAAAAUCAAUGGCAGUGCAAGGAGGUUGGGCAUGGUGGUGGGAGCCAGCAAGGUUGACACGAGAGAGGAGAGCGUGUGGAGGGAAUGCCUGACUGUGUGAAGGGAGAAUGAUGUGGGUGAAGGAGAAGGAGAGGAGGGAGAAUGAUGUCGCACUGAUGUGUUAGUGAUUAGGCUUGAUAAUAUGACACUUUGUUUGUCAUAUCAUCACUUAACAGAAUGAGACUAAUGGAAGAUACUACUUUAAAACAAUUUUUUUUCAAAUACGUAAUUGACCAAAAGUGAAUUUUAGGUAGUAAUUUGAAAAUGACCUAUUUUCUAGGUAUGAAAAACAUAUUUAAGCCUAUUUUUUUAAUUAGGCGUUAUAACAUGUCUGAAACUUAGGAUUUUUUUUGAGCCAAAUGAUGUUGUUUGAUCCAUGUAACCACCUCACCUAGCGAGAUAAGGCUUCAAUUUGUUUUAUAAUAUUUAGUUAUGGUGUUAAACUCUUUGCGUUGUUAGUGAAUUGAAAUUGAAAUCCAUGUUCCUUCUUUGCUGAAGAUAUUGCUAAUUAA